ACAGCAGCCCCGGCGACCGUGCCACGCACGCGCCCCGCGCCACCCUUGGCCCUCGCAGGCCGUGGCACUGUCGCCACCUCCGCCGCAGGAAGGAGCCGGCCGCCUUGCCGCGCCGGCACCAUGCCUCGCAUAGAUGCGGACCUCAAGCUCGACUUCAAGGAUGUCCUGCUCCGACCUAAGCGGAGCAGCCUCAAGAGCCGAUCCGAGGUGGAUCUUGAGCGUACCUUUACAUUUCGAAACUCAAAGCAGACCUACAAAGGGAUUCCCAUCAUUGUGGCCAACAUGGACACCGUGGGGACAUUUGAGAUGGCAGUCGUGAUGUCACAGCACUCCAUGUUUACAGCGGUUCAUAAGCAUUACACCCUGGAAGAGUGGAAGGUUUUUGCCUCAAAGCACCCGGAAUGUCUUCAGCACAUGGCAGUGAGUUCGGGCAGUGGACAGAAUGAUCUGGAAAAGAUGAGCAGCAUCCUGGAAGCCGUGCCGCAGGUGAAGUUCAUCUGCCUGGAUGUGGCCAACGGCUAUUCCGAACACUUUGUGGAGUUCGUGAAACUGGUCCGGGCCAGGUUUCCCGAGCACACCAUCAUGGCAGGGAACGUGGUGACAGGCGAGAUGGUGGAGGAGCUCAUUCUCUCGGGAGCGGAUAUCAUUAAAGUGGGAGUUGGGCCAGGUUCCGUGUGCACCACCCGCACCAAGACCGGGGUGGGCUACCCGCAGCUGAGUGCGGUGAUCGAGUGUGCGGACUCCGCCCACGGCCUCAAGGGGCACAUCAUCUCGGAUGGAGGCUGCACCUGUCCAGGAGACGUCGCCAAAGCCUUUGGAGCUGGAGCGGACUUUGUCAUGCUGGGAGGGAUGUUCUCUGGCCACACCGAGUGUGCAGGGGAAGUGAUCGAGAGGAACGGGCAGAAACUCAAGCUCUUCUACGGGAUGAGCUCCGAGACGGCCAUGAAGAAGCACGCGGGGGGCGUCGCCGAGUACAGAGCCUCUGAAGGCAAGACGGUGGAAGUGCCUUACAAAGGGGGUGUGGAAAACACUAUUCUGGAUAUUCUUGGGGGACUGAGGUCGACCUGCACCUACGUGGGGGCCGCCAAACUCAAAGAGCUCAGCAGGAGAGCGACGUUCAUCCGGGUGACCCAACAGCACAACACGGUGUUCAGCUAAUGCAGAGAUGGAGUGACAUCCCGCUGGAGCGGAAGCCCCCGUGCCACCUGCUUCUCCCACCUCUCCUGGCUUCUCGCUGCUCCAAAUGGUGGUGUGCUGCGUCCUUCCUCCCCCUCCUGCCUGGAGGCUUUGGGGCUCUCCCUUGUGCCUUGGGGCCCAGAAGCAGGGCACCGCUGGGCCAGCAGUCAGAUCCCAGCUGCCCAGGGCGCACAGCCUUAUUGUUCAAUCCAACAACUUGCACCUUUUUUGGAAAAAAAAAAAUCAUUUUAAUACAAUGCUGUUGAGAUUUGA